AUGCUAUCCUUCAAGUUGAUGAGCGUGGCAAUGCUCCUAGCCCUCGGAGUGGCUUUGCCAACUGCCGUUGACAGCACUCAUGUCUCGACCGGAGACGUUGUCAAGCGCUCCUACCUCGUUUCGUACCCCGAGGAAGAGGACGCCAAUGUGGCCAAGACCAAGCGUUCUUAUUUGGUCUCAUACCCCGAGGAAGAAGAUGGAAAGGUCUCCAAGCGCUCCUACUUGGUCUCGUACCCCGAGGAGGAGGAUGGCAAGGUCACCAAGAGGUCUUACCUGGUGUCAUACCCCGAGGAAGAAGAUGGAAAGGUCUCUAAGCGCUCCUACUUGGUCUCAUACCCCGAGGAAGAGGAUGGCAAGGUCACCAAAAGGUCUUACCUAGUCUCAUACCCCGAGGAGGAGGACGCCAAUGUGGCCAAGCGUUCCUACCUAGUAUCCUAUCCUGAGGAAGAGGAUGGAAAGGUCUCCAAGCGCUCUUACUUGGUCUCCUACCCCGAGGAAGAGGACAGCAAGGUCGCCAAGAGGUCUUACCUGGUGUCCUACCCCGAGGAGGAGGCUGGCGCCAACUAG